CUCGUAUCACGACGAUCCGUGGUGGUAUGGACUGUAGCGAGGGAAGCCAGUUAAAAGACAGGCAGAAACCGAAAAUGUCACCUCUUUUGACUUUCCCCGUAUAAAACCAGACAGAAUCGAAAUGUUACUUCUUUAUUGUUGAACUUGCUCGAAUCAGUUUUCAACCUUCUCUGAAGAAAGACUGAUUGAUCUUGUCGGACCGUCCAAAAACAAUCAUGCGUCUGUCCAGCAUCUUCGCCACGGUCACGGCGACAGCCUUUGCUGGCUUCACCGCAGCUCAGAUCGGACCUUUGGGUGAAGAUGGUCGACCGACAAACUACACGGCGUACAAUUUCACCCAAUUGAUCGACCACUUCCCACACUCGGCCCGCUACAAACCCAACACCAACGCGACCUUCACCCAAAGGUACUGGUUCGACCCGACGUACUACAAGCCGGGGGGUCCGGUGUUUCUGUACAUCGGAGGCGAGGUCAACGGAGAGUCGAGGUUCAGCAACCUCCAGACCGGUAUCGUACAGAUCCUCAUGAACGCCACCGGCGGUCUGGGGGUGAUUUUGGAGAACAGGUACUACGGCGAGAGUUAUCCCUUUGAGAACUCGAGCACCGACAACCUGAGGUUCUUGACCAACGAACAGACCAUCGCCGACAAUGCGUAUUUUGCUCAACGCGCCACGUUCCCGAACGUCCCGGGAGGAGGCAACCUCACCGCCCCCGGCACCCCGUGGAUCCUGUACGGUGGGAGUCUCGCAGGGGCCGAGACCGCAUUUUCCGUCGUCCAGUACGGCCAUGUCCUGUGGGGUGGCAUCGCGGCCUCUGGUGUAGUCCACGCCGUACACGGGUACCCGGAAUGGUACAACCCCAUCCAGGAAAACGGCCCUCAGGAUUGCAUCACCAGGAUCAACAAAAUCAUCGACAAGAUUGACCAUUUGAUUCAAACCAAAAACACAAAAGCCGUUCAACAGGUGAAAGAAAUCUUUGGAUUGGGGUCUCUGAGUAGUUUGGGAGACUUUGCAAUGACUAUCGCAUUCCCAAUAGGUGGUCCAAUGAACUACCCGACAAACACAUGGCAAGAACUGAAUUGGUGGCCGGCUUACGACUCCCCCGACUUUUUCAAUUUUUGCAACAACAUCACCGACAUGAACGCUCCGGCGAGUAUCACUGCCGUCGACACACAAUUGUCGAAUUACACCAACGGUUCGGCAUGGACAGGACUAGGAGCUUACGCGAAUUACGUCAAGACCGUGAUCCUACCCGCAUGUCCAAGUCCUGAUCUGAUCGACACCACCACACCAGGAUGUUUUUCUACACAAAACGAAACAUUCUACGCAGACCCCACCAACUCGGCCUCCCGGUCGUACUUGUACUCGACGUGUAGCGAAUUGGGGGCCUACCAGAUGCCGCAACCUCACGGGACCCCUUCGUUGUUGUCACGGGCCAUCGACCUCAAUUACACCCAACAGUGGUGCACUUGGGCCUUCCCCGAGGGACCUCUGUCUCCUCAAGCCGUACCUCCUCCGAACGGGCCCAACCUGACUUGGUAUCACAUGUACGGAGAUUUCGACAUUUCGGCUCCUCGACUCGCCCUGAUCGACGGUGGCAGUGACGUCUGGAGGGACGUUUGCUACCACGGACACAACGCCAGCCGUCGGUACGGAGAGAACCAAAUGCUCAUCACGGGUGCCGGUCACCACUGGGAUUCUUCGGGCAUCCUGAACAUCAGUGGUGAACCGGACUUCAUAAGGGCGGCCCACGAGUGGGAGAUCAAACGGGUCCAGGGUUGGUUGACGGAGUGGGAUCAAACCAAAGGGUCGAGCCGGAAAAGGGAUGAGUUGUGAAAAAAGAAGUGUGCUUGUCUCGUCUAGUAUAUCCAUCUUACCCAAAACCGGUCGUGAGAACCAAACUGGUUGAUACACACACCUGUGAAUGUUACAGCAUUGCUCUCUGCUUUCACAUGACUCGAUAUACGAGGGCAGGAGGGAAAGGCAGUAAUCAGCCAAAGAACAUGAUAUUAUUAUUAUUAUUAUUACUACCAUAUACACAGUCAUCAUGCG